GCGAAACGUUUUUUAAGAGGAACAAAACCCACGACCGUCUUUGCUAAUUGCUAUCACACUCUCUGCUAGCCCUAAACCCUCGUGCUCUCUCACCAAACCCUCGGCUUUUCAUUUCCUUUCUUUGAUUGAGUCCUCGGCCAUGGCAACGCACACCCCGAACCUCGAGUGCCGAAUGUACGAGGCCAAGUAUCCAGAGGUGGACAUGGCGGUGAUGAUACAGGUGAAGAACAUCGCCGACAUGGGCGCGUACGUGUCCUUGCUCGAGUACAACAACAUUGAGGGUAUGAUCCUGUUCUCGGAGCUCUCCCGCCGUCGGAUUCGUAGUGUGAGUAGCUUAAUCAAAGUGGGUCGGAUAGAGCCCGUAAUGGUGCUCCGGGUUGACAAAGAGAAGGGGUACAUUGAUCUCAGCAAGCGGAGGGUCUCCGAAGAGGACAUCCAAGCCUGCGAGGAGAGGUACAACAAGAGCAAGCUCGUCCACUCCAUUAUGCGCCACGUGGCCGAGACGAUGGGCAACGAUUUGGAGGAUCUGUACAUCCAUGUUGGCUGGCCUUUGUACAGGAAAUAUGGUCAUGCUUUUGAGGCAUUCAAAAUAGUCGUGACUGAUCCUGAUACUGUCCUUAAUUCUCUUACCCGUGAAGUCAAAGAACUUGGCCCUGAUGGACAGGAGGUGACUAAGGUAGUUCCUGCUAUCACAGAGGAUGUGAAAGAAUCUUUGGUAAGAAAUAUUAGGAGAAGAAUGACCCCACAACCUUUAAAGAUUCGGGCUGACAUUGAAAUGAAAUGCUUCCAGUUUGAUGGUGUUCUUCACAUCAAGGAUGCCAUGCGGAAAGCUGAAGCUGCUGGGAAUGAUGACUGUCCUGUGAAAAUUAAAUUGGUUGCUCCUCCACUUUAUGUUCUUACCACUCAGACUCUUGACAAGGAGCAAGGAAUAACGGUUCUUACCAAAGCAAUUACAGCUUGCACUGAAGCAAUAGAAAAGCAGAAGGGAAAACUCGUUGUGAAGGAGGCACCCAGAGCAGUGAGUGAACGAGAUGAUAAACUACUUGCUGAGCACAUGGCUAAGCUACGUCAGGAUAAUGAAGAGAUUAGUGGCGAUGAGAAUAGUGAAGAAGAGGAAGACACUGGAAUGGGAGAAGUUGAUGUGGAAAACGCAGGUGCUGCCAUAGCAGACUGAAGCAGCAUAUAGAAUGACUAUUUAUUUUUUUCACCAUCUUCGUGUAACUUUUUUUUUAAAAUGAGCUGAUUUUGUGGUUGUAUACAACCAAGCAAGUGAUUGAGCAGUUUUCCAAGUGCGGAACAUUAUACCUCAUUAUUUCAAUGUAAACUAUUUUGUGUUAUGUAAAA